GCAUGGCUGGUGUAAAUGCAUUCAUCGAUCCAUCGAUGCAUCUCUCAAAAGGAUUCUGAGGAGCGCUAUGCCUUCCUGGCCGAGUGGUACGACCCCAGCGCUGCGCUCAUGCGGCGCUACCAGCUGCUGUACUACCCCCGGGACUCCUCUGUGGAGAUGAUUGACAUAAAGAACCAGCGGGUUUUCCUGAGGAGGACAAAGUACGACGAGCUCCACCAGGAAGACCUGUUUGUGGGCAACCGCAUCAACGUGUUCUCCCGCCAGCUCAACCUGAUCGGCUACGGGAACCAGUACACAGCCGACAUACUGGGCAGCAAAAAAGAGAGGACCCUGGCCAUGAUCAAGCCUGAUGCCAUCACAAAAGUUGGAGAGAUCAUUCAGCUGAUCUACGAAGCCAACCUUAUCGUCACCAAAGCCAAAAUGACACGGCUGUCAUGGAAGCAGGCGGCAGACUUUUACACGGAACAUCAGUCAAAGUCUUUUUUCAACAACCUGCUGCAGUUUGUGACGUGUGGUCCGGUCAUCGCCAUGGAGCUGAUGGGAGACGAGGCGGUGUCCGCCUGGCGGAAGCUUCUGGGCCCGACGGACUCCGGCGUGGCACGCAAAGAGGCGGCCACCAGCCUCCGCGCCCAGUUUGGCACAGAUGGCACCAGGAACGGCGCACAUGGUUCCGAUUCCCUUGCAUCUGCUGCAAGGGAGUUGGAGUUUUUCUUCCCAUCCACAACAGGUCACGGCCCAGCCAACACAGCCACGUACAAAGACACCACUUGCUGUGUCAUCAAGCCCCACGCCGUCUCUGAAGGCUUGACAGGAAAAAUUCUAGGAUCUAUCAUAGACGCGGGUUUUGAAAUCACAGCACUGCAGAUGUUCAACAUGGACAAAGCCAACGCUGAGGAAUUCCUGGAGGUUUACAAAGGGGUUGUGGCAGAGUACACGGGAAUGGUGGCUGAGCUGUGCUCUGGAGCUUGCAUGGCACUGGAGAUUCGUCCCCCAGACGGACCGAAAACCUUCAGAGAGCUCUGUGGACCCGCCGACCCGGAGAUUGCCCGCCACCUGCGGCCGUACACUUUACGAGCGCUCUACGGCAAGAGCAAAGUACAGAACGCCGUCCACUGCACAGACCUGCCCGAGGACAACGUGUUGGAGGUACAGUAUUUCUUCAAGAUUCUGGAUGGAUGAUUUUGUUUUGUUUUGCUUUUCUGAUGACAAAAGAUAUUUAAAUAAAAACAAAAAGUGACUCUGACAAAG